AUGAUCACCCCCAAGGUCUUGAUACCAAUGUCUGACUAUGGUCACGACCCAACAGAGACUGCAGUGCCAUAUGCAGCCUUCAAGAAAGCUGGAUUCAAGGUUGAAUUCGCGACAGAAAAUGGCAAAGCGCCAGAAUGCGAUAAGAAAAUGCUCCAGGGCAUCACUCAAAAAUUAAUUGGCGCCACAAAAGACGCUGUCAAUGCCUAUAAGGAGAUGUCUAUCACCCCCGAGUUCCAACGUCCGGUCUCAUGGACAUCGGCGGAUUUCAGUCUAGAAAGCUACAAUCUGGUCUUCCUUCCUGGAGGACACGAAAAGGGCGUCCGGCAACUUAUCGAUUCCCCUAUUAUCCACAAGCAUCUAGCCUCAUAUUUCCCAGCUACUAAAAAGCCAAGUUCGAAGUCGGUGGCAGCUGUGUGUCACGGCGUGAUGGUGCUUUCUGAAACAGAGGGCGCGGAUAGGAAGUGUGUUAUUCACGAGUGUGUCACCACUGCGCUGCCAACACGGUUUGAGCAAGUUGCGUUCUGGGGAACCAGAGCUUUCCUCGGCGACUAUUACAAGACAUAUGGAGCCGGGAGUGACAAUGUCGAGGAAUCGGUCCGGAAACGCCUAGACAACCCAAAUAAGCAAUAUAAGAAUAGCUUAGGCAUGAGUCCAUGCUCACGUGGCACUAGGUUUGUGGUGCAAGAUGAGAAGUACAAUUAUAUUAGUGGUCGGUUUCCGGCGGACGCUCAAAUGCUUGCAAGGAAGACAAUUGCUUUAGUUCAAGGUUCAGUGGCGUAA